AUGUUUAAUUCAUGCCUCAAAUAUUUUUAUAUUAAACAAUACACUCUCAUUUCAAUUGAAGGUAAUAUUGGAUCUGGCAAAAGUACUCUACUCAAAUUAAUGCAACAUAAAUAUCCAUAAGUAUAUUAUCAAUUCAUAUUCUUAGAUGCAUUAUUUACCAGAACCAGUUAAUGAAUGGUAAUAAAUUAAUGGUAAUCCUAAACUCAAUUUACUUGCAUCAUUUUAUAAUAAUCCAAAUAGAUGGGCAUAUACUAUGCAAAAUUAUGCAUUCUAUAGCAGAUUAAAACAUUGGAAAUCUGUUAUGGCUAAUUUAGAUAAAUCAAUCAUUUUGAGUGAAAGAAGUAUUUAAGCAGAUAAAGAAAUAUUUGCUAUUAAUGGAUAUUAAAAUGGACUUAUGAAUUAAAUGGAAUUUGCAAUCUAUGAAUAAUUUUACGAUUGGUUGGUCUAAGAAGUUUUUGGAAAAUAAAUCUCUAAAUAAUUGAUUAUUUAUCUAUAAGUCAAUCCAAAUAUUUGUUAAGAAAGAAUGCUCAAAAGAUCUAGAAAUGAAGAAAAGGUAUUAUAUAUAAUGUAUAUUUUAGAAUUCUAUUUCAAAAGAUUAUUUGAUAUAAAUUCAUUAAAGACAUGAAGAAUGGCUUUUAGGUAAUUAAAAUAAGGAUUAAAAGAUUUUAAUUUUGAAUGGAGAUAAAGAAUUUGAAAAUGAUACUCAACAACAGUAAAUUAUGUUUAAUUAAAUUAAUCAUUUCUUUUCUGGAUUAAUCUGA